AUGGGGAGUCAUUAUGGUUGCCCCAGGAAGCUGGUAGCUUAUUUGGCCAUUGCUUUACUGUUGGUCGAGCAGGAAACAUGCGCAGGGAUGCAAAUGGACGACACUGAAGGGUUGACGCGACCAGAUAUUGUUCAAGCAGGACCCAAGACGUUUCACUGGCUAUGUACCUUAGCUCUACUGUUACUAUUGCCUUCGGUAUCUACAGCUCUCUCUUUUGCCGGUAAGCUCUAUUUCUCAAUGUUCUUACAGAUAGUCUCGCUAGCGUAUGCGGUCGCAGAAGCCUUUAUACUCAGAUUUCCCGACGGUGAUGGCAUCGAAAACCGUACAUCGAGAGGAACUGCAUGGUUUAUGUUAGCUCUACUUGGCGUUACGGUUUUUUUUGGGAGCUUGGCCACGGGCACGGGCGCUUUGGUGCAGAAUAAAAGGUUACAGUCCCUUGCAUCACAUACAGGAGAAAAAACUUUACGAUAUAUUCACAGAGCUCUUUCCUUUGCUGUAGUUCUAACUGGGUGGAUUAAGUGUUGUUUGGCACCAGUUGCCAUGUUUGGCUUUUGCCGCGAUAAGCACACAGGUCAGUGCAUUGCGCACGGUAUAAUGGGGACAGCGUUUGUUCUGUAUGGAUUCGUGUACUCUAUGGUUUUAGUAGUACCAUGGAUCCGUAAUUCACAAGCUGAAUACUCUCAAGAUCGCAUUGACAGUUGGGUAAUGUGCGCUUGGGGUAUAGUGAACACAUUUACUGAACACAGAUGGGGCCGGGAAGACUGGAACCACGGAGAUUACCAACAUACUGCAAUGGGAAUAAUCUGGUGGGCUGGUGGUCUUCUUGGAAUUUUUCUUUCACGAAAUGGUAGAAGAACUUUUGUCCCAAGUCUCCUAAUCAUAUUCACGGGCUGGGCGAUGUCCGAACACAGCCAGAAACUGAUAAUCAGCACCAAGGUUCAUGCGCUGUUUGGACUUGUGCUGAUGGCAGGGGGCGCACUCCGAAUCGUGGAAAUUUCUUUUCUUCUUAGAGAUAGGCGCGCUGCCUCUGAAAUACUAUCUUUCCAGUAUCUCGCUCCAUUCUGUCUUGUUUGCUCCGGGGUUCUUUUCAUGGGAGCAAAUGAAGAGCAAUUGCAACUUGUUUUGAGGCUGGGCGCUGAUCACAGCGCUUAUAGCUUGGUGGCAAUUUCUGCUGCAUUUGUGGUGUACCUAUGGAUACUACUGUGUCUCGAAUUGUACUUAAAGCUUGUGAAACUUGCAGAAAAAGGGCCCCUGGAUAGCUAUACCAAUAACCGAGGACUUGAAAGCCUUACAGAAUUCGAAUUGGAUGACGUUGAUGGCGAAAACCAUGAAACAGUCAGCAGAAACUGA